UGAGUCCAAUAGCGGGAACUAUCAGAUUAGUAUAUAAACCCAUGAGGUAAACGGAAGGCAAUACCACAAUCAUUCUCCAAUAUUUCUCACUUCCUAGCUAUUUCCCUCUUCUUUGCAUUAUCAAUCAAUUCCCAUUAUGGCAGAAGCACUCAUUUCCGUGCUUCUUGAACAACUGGCUUCAGUAACUUAUAAGCUAAUAAAAGGGCAGGUGACAUUGGUUUUGGAUGUGGAGAAAGAAGUUGCAGAGUUCACCAACAAUCUCAAAGCAAUCCAAGCUGUACUUGAGGAUGCAGAGAAGAAGCAAGUGAAGGAAGUUGUCGUGCGAGAUUGGUUGGAUAAGCUCAAAGAUGUCUCCUACAAGAUGGAUAACGUGCUUGAUGAGUGGAACACGGAAAUUCUAAAACAGCAAGUUGAGAAACAAGAAAAUGAAGGUGAAAAUGCUCUUGUUAACAAGAGAAAGGUGCGUUUCUCCAUUCCCUCUCCCUGUAAAUGCUUUUGCUUUGGCUUUGGCCAAGUCAGUCGGGUUAUUGUUCAUCAUGCCAUUGCUCUGAAAAUAAAAGAACUGAAUAGUAGGCUAACUUCAAUUGCUGAGGAAAGACAAAGGUACCAGUUUCAAUCCACAACAACUAGUGGCAUUGAGCAACCUGAACGACCAAAGAGUUCAUCUUUGGUCGAUCCAUCUAGGAUAUUUGGUAGGGAAGAUGAAAUUUAUACUUUGAUAAGCAUGUUAUUGGGUAAGAGUAGUGGUGAAGAAAAGAUGGGGCCCCUAGUCAUCCCUAUUAUAGGGAUGGGGGGCAUGGGCAAGACCACUCUUGCACAACUAGCCUUCAACAAUGAAGAUGUUAAAGCCCAUUUUGAAAAGAGAAAAUGGGUUUGUGUCUCAGAUCCUUUCGAUGGGAUCAAGAUUGCUAAAGCCAUCAUUGAUAAGAAUCCAACUUCAGAUGAGUUGGAUGCUUUCGUGCAAUCUGUGUCUACAUCUGUCGAGGGAAAGAGGUUUCUGCUUGUCCUAGAUGACGUGUGGACCGAAGAUGAUAUAAAGUGGGAACCAUUAAGGGUAGCUUUAAUGUCUGGUGCUGAAGGCAGUAGAAUAUUAGUGACCACACGAAACGAAGCAGUUGCUCGUAUGAUGGGAGCAACCUCUCAAAUGAUCCAUUUGGAAAAGUUGAGUGAUCAACAUUGCUUCUCAUUAUUCUAUCACCUUGCAUUUCUUAAUAGGGAAAAAGAUAAGUCUGAUUCGUUUGAAGCUAUUGGUAAGAAAAUUGUUAAGAAGUGUAAGGGUUCGCCUCUUGCUGCAAAGACUUUAGGUAGUCUUAUGUGGAAUAAGAGAACAACGAAAGAAUGGUGUGAUGUUUUGGAGAGUGAGAUAUGGGAUUUAGAAGUGGUUGAGAAGAAAAUUUUUCAACCGUUAUUACUAAGUUAUUAUGAUUUGACAUCAGAAAUCAAGCGUUGUCUUCUAUUCUGUGCAAGUUUUCCACAAGAUUAUUUGUUCUCUAAAGACACAUUGAUUGAGUUGUGGAUGUCACAGAAUUAUCUCAAUUCAAAAAGAAACAAGGAGAGGAGAACCGUAGGUCAAAAUUAUUUUGAUGACUUGGUAACGAGGUCUUUCUUUCAAGACUUUGGAUUAGAUUAUAAAGGGAACAUUCAAUGGUGCAAGAUGCAUGAUAUUGUGCAUGAGUUUGUAAAGUUUCUUACUGGGAAUGAAUCUUUGAUUAUUGAGGCUGAUGGUGCUAACCGAUCAACAGAGCUCUCAAUUGAUAAGGUGUGUCAUUUAUCUCUAGGGUCAGCAAAGGGUCGAAUUUCAGUUCCUAUUUCAUUUCACAAAUGCACAAAUCUGCGAACCCUCGCAACUUAUAAUUCAGAAAUCACAACAAUUGGUGGGGAUUUAGUUUUCCAAUUGAAAUGUCUUAGGACGUUAAAUUUGAGUGAUAGCGAGGUCCAUGAACUUCCCAAGGAGAUUGGUGAACUGUUACAUUUGAGGUAUAUUGAUUUGUCUGAUAAUGAAUUUCUAAAGGAGUUACCUGACGCCAUCUGUAGUUUGUUCAAUUUAGAAACCUUGCACAUUGAGAACUGCGAAUCACUUGAAAAACUGCCCAAGGCUAUGGGCAAGUUGAUCAACUUAAAGCAUCUUCAUGUUGCUGAUUGUGAAAAGUUGAAGUACUUGCCGAAAGGGAUUGGGAGAAUAGGAGGUCUACGUAUACUAGAUACGUUCACUGUUGUCUGUGGUGGUGGUGGUGACGACGACAAUGAAAUACUGAAGUUGGGAGAUCUGGCAAUCUUUGACCAGCUUCAGGGCAAGAUUGUAAUUCAAGAUUUGGGGAAAGUGAUUGAUGCUAGUGAGGCUCAGAAAGCACAAUUGGAGAAGAAGAAACACCUCCUUGAUUUGGUAUUAGAUUUUGGGAUAGGAGAAGGAAGAGGCGGAGGCGGAGGCGGAGGAGGAGGAGGAGGCGGAGGAGUAGGCGGAGGAGGAGGAGGAGCAGAAGAAGAAGAAGAAGAAGAAGAAGAAGAAGAAGAAGAAGAAGAAGAAGAAGAAGAAGAAGAAGAAGAAGCAGAAGAAGAGAUGUAGAGGUACUGAAUGCGUUGCAACCACAUCAAAAUUUGGAAUAUUUGGUGAUUUCUCAAUAUGCAGGCACCACGGUGUCUCCAAAAUGGUUGAUGUCUUUACACCAUUUGAGAUUUCUUACUCUUGAGUCGUGCGAAAAUUGUGAAUGUUUGCCUCCUCUCGGGAGAUUGCAGUCUCUUGAAGUUCUGAAUAUACAAGACAUGAAUGUGGAAAAGGUUGGAAUUGAAUUCUUGGGUAUAGAAGAAACUCAAACAUCACCUGUUACUGCUUUCCCAAAAUUGGAAAAACUCGUCUUUUCGACGGUGGGGUGGAACGAGUGGGAAGGAGUGCGAGGUUGCAUGGAAGAAGAUUGUCAAGUUACAAUAAUGCCGCAUCUUUCUGACCUACACAUCGAGUCAGCAAGCCUAAAACAACUGCCAGACUUCCUGCAGAAUAGACCACACCUCAAUUUGACGUGGGAUCGCGCUAUCCGGUUCCGACCUGGGCCGCUUCCGACCUUCCUCGUUAAAAGACUGAAGAAAUUGUUCCGACCUGGGCGCUGUAGUUGAUGAAGCCCGAUAUAUCAAGUGAGCGAGCUUGCAAGGGAUUGCUAUUGUCUUCUUGUAUGUUGCCAGAUAUAUAUGCUCUGCAGGUUGUGAGCUUAAUUUGAGACACGAGAUUCCUAUUUUGUGUUGAGGAUUCAAUUUCAGUCGAUCAAUCCGUCCCUAUGAUGUACCAUAACAGAGGACCUCUACCAAAUCUCAUCAUCUCUUCUUCUGUAUUUGGAGUCAGGACCUCAGACCUUUGCUCACGUCUCAUUGCGUAUGUAGCAUGAUGGAAGGACUGCCAGUUAAACUUGCAACGGAUUGCUAUUGUGUGGACUGUUAUAUAUAAUGACCCCAAUAUCAUCCUCUGCAGACCAAAAUAAAAAAGAAAAAUACCAAUCUGUGUGGAGAGUGACAAGAUGAAAUGGCAGGGCGGGUCAACAUAUUCUUCUGCUCAAAUCAUCAAAACUUGGUUAUUAUGUACAACAGACGUACCGUUGUCAGACAUUGCAUACUUGAAACUGCAGUCGAACUAUUACUGAUGAGGAUUGGAAACAGUGAUAGUUUGGCUCUCAUUUGACGGAGAUAAUGAGGUCCUUACCUAAACUAGCUUGGAAUGUGUCAUUAGUAAGUUGUCUUUAUACAAUGAAAUAAUAGUUCUCAGGCCUGAAUAUCCGUAUCUAGCUAUCAAAUUCUAAUGCAGCUGCAGCAAAUAUAAUAAACAUAUAUUUAUAACCAAGCAUUAUUUUCAUUUUGUUUUAUGUCAAGGUUUUCAGCAGUUCCCCUAGUCCGAACUAAAAAUGAGGCCCUGGCGAAACCUCAACCCUAGCCCUUAGUCAUGGCGGCCGGUAUCGGCCUCCCCUCUACGUCAUCUGCUGAUGACACUCAGAAGCCGACCUUGUGCGGCGACCACACAACCUUGUCCUAGGUUACUCAUCAUCUCUUGCCGGAAGGAAAUAGGUGAUGUGAGGGUUAUGGAUCGGUGCUCCAGUCCGAUCAGACUCAAUGUUGAUUGGGUGGAAGAAUGGUCGUGUCGGAUCCGGCCGAGGCGAGGCCGGCUCAAGUCUGGGUGGUUCGCAGUCGGGAACGACCAACGCAUACAAUCUAGAAGCCAAGAGAUGAGAGAUCCUGUGUGGUGGACGUGCGACCUCUGGACCCGGAUCAAAGCGGCCAAACUUCAAUUGAUGGCGGCGCCGGCCUUUGCACUCCAACUUUUGGAAGUGGCGGAGAUUGUCGUCGUGCACCGUGAAGCGAAUCAUGUUUUGGAGUCUGCAGAGCACGCCGGUGGGGUGUCUGAGACGAUGGCGGUGGCUGCAUCUGGAGGGGUAGCGACGACGUCGGACGUGCUUGGCAGUGGAGCGACAAGUGGGGUGGCCAGAUCGUUUUGGGGGCCCAAAUCAGUUUGGGUGCUCAAAUCAUUUUGGAAGCCCAAAAGAUUGUGGUGGCCCAAAUCAAUUUUGAGGCUACAAUCAAAUGGGCCUGGAGUGUCCAAACCUGCUCUGAGUACCUUUUGGCAUUGGGCUCUUUGGUGGACCCUGCGAAUAUGCUCCUUUUCUUCAGGGUUUCAUAUUUGGGAUCCCGGAGGAUCAUUACCCUACAGCUGGAGGCUCGAGAAAAGGGCAAAGGAAAGCUUUAAGUUUUCCUGGUCUUCUUACCUAUUACCAGAAAGUUGGUCUUCUAUUACUUUCAUCUUAGUUUUCUCUAGUUGUACACCAAUUGAGGUCUCUAGGCGACUAGGUUUACUUUUCAAAAAGAGGUUAGUAGUGAGGAUUUGUUUUCUUGUAGUUAGGCUCAAAUAUGUGAGCGUAUGUGUUAACAGUGAGGCUCACUUGUCCUUUGCUUGGUAGCUUGUGCCAUUUAUGAUUUUGGUAUGAGACAACAUCUGAUAUACAUGCCUUCUGGCCAUGGAUAAAUUAAUGAAGUUAUCUAUUU